ACACUUGCAGUAAAAAACAAAUCAACGUUGAUGCAGCUUCAAACAAAGAGGAAAUUUAGUUUCUAGUCCGAGAAGACGGGCUACCAAAGAUCAAGAUGUGGAUUCAGCCCAAGGAGCUGCUGCUGCCAUCGGCAUUCUGGAUUGCCGAGAUGCAGUCUAGGUACUUUGUCCUGCAGAAGCGCCGUGGCCACGGAGAGUCGAGGGGAUUCGGCUCCAUGUUGGUGGGCACCUACGACAGCGUGUGGAACACCAAACCGGCUCCGUAUAGGAUUCUCCACGAGACUCCCUCGUCGGAGGUGUCUUAUGAAAUCGCUAUUGGCAUUACCCAGGAUGAGAUCAUCAAGGACUGGGAAUGGCUGAAGGCCAACCUGUUCAAGGUGCUGGACGAGAUGGAGAACGAAGACGAAGUGACCAAUUUCACCAUAUGCAAGAUCCAAUCUCUCUACACCCAAAACAACCAGGACGACACUGGGGAAUCGGCCGACUUCAAGGUGAUGAAGUCGCAGUUCACGAAGAUUUUCAAAAUGCCAGAAGAGGAGCGACUGGUCAACUCCUACUCCGCCACAUAUGUGAAGAACAAGAUUCCCCGGCAGGGCCAGCUCUACAUUUCCCUAAACCAUGUCUGCUUCUACUCCUACAUGCUGGGCCAGGAGAUAAAGCGGAUAAUCCGCUUCUCCGAACUGGAGGACAUCAGUCGAAACGCCAAUAUCAUUUACUUGAAGACCACAAACAAUAUGACCUACAACUUCACGCUGUUCUCGAAUGCCAGCGAAGCCCACUUGCUGAUUGAGCAGCUGAACAAAAUGGCAAUCCAACAGCUGAUCCAGGAUCCCGAGAGUCCUGUGGUCGACCACAACCCCUCGAACCUGCUUCGACUGGGUGGAAAAGCAUCCAAGAAACCAGUACUCCUGCGGGACUUGACAGCGCGCCAGAAGUCGGAGGAGUUUCGCAUCUAUUUCCGCUUGCCGCAGUCGGAGAUAAUCGACGGGAGGAUAAAGGCCAACAUCUGGACUCCAUACUCCAAGAGGUUCAAUGCCGGUUACAUCUACCUGUCGCCGAACUUCUUCUGCUUUCGCAGCGAUGUAAAGGAUUUGGUCAGUGUGGUAAUACCCAUGAAGACCAUCAAGAGCGUGGAGAAGAAGGACGAUGGCCAGCAAAGGUUCGACAACCAAAUGGUCAUCAUAACUUCGGAGAAUGUGCCUUUCAUGUUUGCUCAGAUCGUGGACAGAGACGUCCUCAUCUCCAAGAUAACAGAUCUACUCGCCCGCAUUCACGUGCCUGUGAGUCGCGAGCGAGCCAAGUACGACAUUUCGUGGAGCAAACAGACCGCCUUGAUGAACACCUUCAAGACGCAGUUCAGCGCAGAGAUCGUUCAGAAGCAGGAGGAAAAGAUGAAGCGCUGGGAGUCGCAUUUCCGGGACUUCGGACGCGGCAUCGGCAUGUUCCGCACCACGGACGUAAUCAACCUGAUCGUGGAGGGCAUUCCCGACAAGUUGCGCCAGGAGAUCUGGUUGAUAUUCUCGGGCGCGAUCCACGACAAGGAAAUGAAUCCGGGUCUGUACGAGGACCUGGUGGAGAAGGCAGCCUGCAUCAAGCACUGCUUCGCCCAUGACGAAAUCGAUCGGGACUUGCCCAGAUCGUUGCCGGAGCAUCCGGCUUUCCAGAGCACCGACGGCAUCGGAGCCCUCAGAAGAGUCCUGCAGGCGUAUGCGCUGCGGAACCCACAGGUUGGCUACUGCCAGGCCAUGAAUAUAGUUUCCUCGGUGUUCCUGCUCUUCUGCGACGAGGAGAACGCGUUCUGGAUGCUCGCCAGCUUGUGCGAGAAUCUGUUGCCAGACUACUACAAGGACAAGGUGGUGGGGGCCCAGAUCGACCAGGGCGUACUGAAUGAGCUGGUCGAAACGCACUUGCCCGACUUGCAUGGCCACUUGGAGAAGCUUGGCGUGAUCAAGAUGAUCUCCAUAUCCUGGUUCUUGACCAUCUUCAUGAGCGUCAUCAGCUACGAGAGCUCGUUGCACAUCCUCGACUGCUUCUUCUACGAGGGCGCCAAGAUCAUCUUCAUGAUUUCGCUGAAAAUCAUUGAGUGGAAUCGGGACAAGCUGCUCAGGUGCGAGGACGACGGCGAGGCCAUGCUGGUGCUGCAGCAUUACUUGGAGGGCAUCUACAACCCCGAGUACCAGGUGCCGCCUUCCACCGAUAAGCGAAAAAUGGAGCGCCACCAAACCCAGACCGUGCAGACGCUGAUCCACGAGGCCUACACGAAGUUCGGAGAGCAAAUCACCCAGCAGAGGAUCGAGGAGCUGCGCAACAAGCACCGCCGACUGACCAUGAGACAGUUCGACAUCGACAACGAGAAGACCAUCGUCAAGGCCUACAUCCAGAACCCCUACUUCGAUCGGAACGAGCUCCACCAGCUGCUUACGAUCAUCCGGGAGGAGAAGCACUCCCUUAAAUCUCUGCAGCAGCAGCAGCAGAAGGCGCAGUGUCCCCUCUCUGAGAUGCCGCAGCUGGUGCAACAGUCACCAAGCAAGGGCGCGCAUGACUCGGGGGCUUCUGGAAGCAGGCAGGAGGCGUACUCCGUCAAUUUCGAGGUGUUCCACACGCUUUUCACGGAACUAACCCCAUGGAAGAAAUGUGUUAGCGUGGACAUCGGCGAGAAGUUGUUUAGGCUGACCGACAAGCGAGGUACUGGCUCCGUGGACUUUGGCCAGCUCAUCAAUGCGCUUGGCUUGGUGUGCUCCGCCAAAAGCAUGGAGAAACUCAAGCUCCUGUUCGUCCUGCAUUUACCCCCAUUGCUUUCCAAGGCGGAGAUAGAGAGGUCCCGUCGCCCACGUCCUCGCACCAAGGACGAUGCUGAGGAGGCCUUCGAAGCUGAAGACUUUUUCGACAAUGACGCCUCUGAAUCCAUGGAGGCCCUGCCGUCGCCUUCGGAUCACAACUUUGAUGCCGACGACUUUGCCCUGAUCAGUGCCACUCAGCACUUGCACAACCUGGCCGGAAUUUCGGGCAACACAUUCAUGGACCUGUCGCGCACCACACCCAACCUCUCGCUGAACUCUAACACGUCCUCGUUGGCGCAGCGCGCCUCCACCUUUUACGUGGAUCUGCCCAGUGCGGCACCCCCGGGUACUGCAACAAGCACAGAUGCUGGGCGGGAUGAAGAUGGAACCCUCGAGAGAGGGCUUCGCCAGCAGGGCCGUUUCGAAUCGAUUGACACAUUUUCGGAUAUUUCAGAUCUGGGAGCGGCCCGUCUAACGCCGCCCGGAGCAUCUGGAGCGGGCGUGGAUGAAUUGAGGAACUCAGAAAUGCUUCUGAAUGUCGAGACUAUAUCGAAUUUCUCACAGAUCAGUGACCUGGUGGCGGCCACACGACUCGAGCGAGCCGAUUCCAAUGCCACGGAUUCUCGGAGCCUGGGCAGUCUUGGCUAUCUGCUCGAUCAGCCAGAUGAAGGGGCCUCCAGUUCGCAGCACUCCAUCCCACAUAUGCGCAAGGAGAACUUCCUGCUCCUGUGGCGCAGCAUAGUGGAAAUUAUGGGCCUGGUUCAGGACGAGGAGAUGCAAAGGGCUUAUGAGAAUCUCUUGGAACUUGGAAACAGCAACAUCAAGAAGGAGCCCAGUCUGGAGAGCUUCACCCAGCUGAAUCUCGGAGGCAGUGGUGAUGAGCAACCGGAUAACAAUGGCAACCCCACCACUCCUGCUGCGGAGCCGGCCAGCACCACUCGCCUGUUUGUGGAUCUCGAGGAGGAGCUGCGCCUGGCGAGUGGCAAGCCUAGGACAGCGACCAACAGCGGCGAUAGCAGCAGCAGCAGCACAAACACCUCCGAGUCCUGGCACAUUUCCAUCACCCAAUUCAUAGCCACCGUGCUGACGGUGAACAGCAUCGUCCGAGGUUUCUCUACGCCGACCCAGAUCAGCGAGCAGAUCGAACAGUUGCAGAAGAAGCGCCGAAAGUGUCUCUCCACCAACUACUGAACUCCCAAAGCCCCCUAACCCAUAGUCCUAGCCACAAAAUGUAUUAGCCAUAUAUGAGAGACCGACGGAUCCCCGAUCCUUGUGCAAUGCGGCAAGCUUUUAACCGUACCCCUACUUGAUUUAUGUAUAUUGUAUUGCCCCUAUCGUAAGUUAAGACAAUUGUUUGUGAAUAUAAUUCUAUUAUUCCUAUUA